UGGACGGUGCUUUCGCCAGUCAAAAAUGGAAUUACGCGCAAUGCCCACCUUCUUGACACUGCUGCUUGUGGCCUCGGUGGCCUACGUCGCCGGCCACGGAUUUGCCAAAAAUCCUCCCAGCCGCUCUUCCAUGUGGCGAUAUGGUUACGCCACGCCAGUUAAUUAUGACGACAACCAACUUUUUUGUGGUGGAUUUCAGGUUCAAUAUAACACCUAUGGAGGAAAGUGCGGACCCUGCGGGGACUCUUAUGGAGACCCUCAACCCCGCGACAACGAAAAUGGUGGCAAAUACGGCCGAGGCAUCAUCACGAGGAACUACACCCAAGGCCAGGAAAUGUUGGCCACUUUCGAGAUCACGGCCAACCACAGAGGAUGGAUCCAGUUCUCUCUGUGCAAGUUGAACACAACCAAUCAGUUGGAAAACGACGCUUGCUUUGUGCCCCUGAAAUUGUCCGGCUCUACCGAAACCAAGUAUUAUCUGCCCAAUUCGGACGUGGGCCAAACGACCGUGCGACUGCAGCUUCCCCCAAAUGUCAUCUGCCAAAGGUGCGUCCUGCAGUGGCACUACCACACGGGCAACACGUGGGGAACCUGCGAGGACGGCAGUGGCGCCGUCGGGUGUGGCAAUCAGGAAACCUUCCGCACCUGCUCUGACAUCGCCAUUCUUCACUAGCCUCAAAUCAUCGAUCCUGGAAAAGAUCUUGAGGCGAGGAUCGACAGAUGCUCACCGCGAAAAUAUUUUUACAUUUCCCGGAGUUCUGUUGGAGGCCGCAGAAAUAAAAUCGUGGGCUCUCUCAAGCUAUUUCAUCUUUUUUGCCAUUAUUCUCCAUGAAACUAUUUCGCUGCCAUAGGAUUACAGAAUUGUAAAUACAAGUUUUGUAUUUUUCGCCCUUAAUAAGUUAUUAAUCUACAUUUUGCUGAUGCAAAAUUUGUGUAUGAAAAUUAUGUUAAGUUAUGCUUUCAAAUAAAAUGUAAUAUUUAAUGUGCUA